AUGGCCGACAUCCUAACCCAACUCCAGACUUGUCUCGACCAGCUUGCAACCCAAUUCUACGCAACAUUGGGCUACUUAACAACCUACCAUGACAACUCCCCAGCAAACCCACCUCAAAACAUCCCAGAUGCCGCACCAGCACUAGCCAAGAUCUCAAAGAACACAACAUCGCCUCCAAUCCCGGCUUCACUAGCAGAGACCGCUGCGGGAGGUGCAGUCCAAGGCAGCGGCUCACCACCCCCACCUCCACCCCAGCAACCAGGUGCUGCACCGUCAGGGACUGAACCCGAGGAUCCAAACCUCCCACCGCAGCCAGACUCUCCAAACACAUUCGCAGCCCGCCAACGCGAACUUGCGCGCGACCUCAUUGUCAAGGAGCAACAGAUCGAGUACCUCAUUUCCGUGCUGCCGGGUAUUGGAACCUCGGAGGCCGAGCAGGAGGCUCGGAUUCGGGAAUUGGAAAUCCAGCUACGUAAUGUAGAGAAGGAGCGUGCGGCUAAGGCGAGGGAGUUGAGGAAGUUGAGGGUUCGGUUGGAGAGUGUGCUUGGGACUAUUUCUGUUGGCAUCUAUGGGGAUCGGGAACGCUAG